AUGACCUGGCAACCUCCGACCAACUGGGAAUCCAGACCUGUCUGCGUCCUUGGUGGUGGUGUUCUUGGACGUCGCAUCGCCGCCUGCUUCGUCGCCGCUGGCCAUCAUGUCCGCAUCCGCGACCCGACGGAGAAGUCACGUUGUGACGCCGUCAAGUACAUCAAGGAUGAGAUUUCUUCUUUCACCACAUUGAGCGGCCGCCGUGCUGGCACUUGGGAGGCUGUCGAAGACUUUGCUGCCGGAGUCAAGGACACCUGGUUGGUAUUUGAGGCGGUCCCAGAGAUCCUGGCUCUCAAGGAAAACACCUUUGCCGAUUUGGAGACGUAUGCUCCAGAUGACUGUAUCCUUGCCUCCAACAGCAGUUCCUAUAAGAGCGGUGAACUGUUGGGUAAAGUCAAUGACGAGACGAAAAAGAGGGUUCUCAAUACUCAUUACAUGAUGCCGCCGGAGGCAGUUAUCGUUGAACUCAUGACCAGCGGAUACACGUACCCUGAAAUAUUUCCUUUCCUUGUAGAUCGUCAUAAGGAAGCCGGUCUACACCCUGUGGUGGCGUUGAAAGAAUCCACGGGAUUUAUCUUCAACCGCAUUUGGGCCGCCAUCAAACGAGAGGUCCUGUCAGUGCUCGCCGAAGGGGUUUCGACGCCUGAGGUCAUCGACGGCAUUUGGAUCGAACAAUACGUCAACCGUCAGGUCGGACCAUGGCAAGUCAAAAUGAUGGAUUCCGUCGGCUUGGACACGGUCGAACAUAUUGAGAAGCACUACAUCGACGAUCGGAAACUGCCGGACUACCACCUCAAGUGGCUUCAGGACAACUAUAUCUCCUCUGGCAAACUUGGUCAAAAAUCUGCCGGCAAGGGAGGAUUGUAUGCUGCUCCGGCGCCCGGUUCGCAGACACGGUUGUUGUUGCUCAAUAUUGGCCUGGCGGAACCAUUGAAGGAGAAGACUGCCGACCAGAUCAUGCACUCGGGCCAGAUUUUGGCUUACACGGUCGAAAAUAAGGGGUCCCGGCCGGUCGAGCUGGCAGGGUCGCUGCCGAAUCCCGAUGGCAUUGAUGUGGCCUCGUCGACCAAGCGCAUGUAUUGGACCAACAUGGGAAAUCCCAAGGCAAACGAUGGAUCCGUACAGUCGGCCAACCUGGAUGGUAGCGACGUACAAAUGGUGGUCCGACCUGGGCAGGUUCACACUCCCAAGCAACUGACCAUCGACCAAUCCGCCAACAAGCUCUACUUUUGCGACCGUGAAGGGCUGAGGGUGAUGAGGUGCGACCUCGACGGCCGUAAUCUGGAAACAAUCUACCAGUCCGGUGACUGGGAAAAGGAACCCGAGAAAAAGGCCAAUGGUCUAUAUUGGCCAGUGGGCGUCGCGAUCUCGAAGAAGCUAAACAAAUUCUUCUGGACGCAAAAGGGCCACUCUAAAGCCAACGAGGGCCGCAUAUUUUCCGCGAGUCUCGACCUGCCCUCCGGAACCACUCCAUCCAACCGGCAGGACGUCGAGAUCGUCAUCGAUGGCCUACCGGAGUGUAUCGACCUCGAGUACGAAGACGAGGAUGGCGUCCUCUACUGGACCGACCGCGGCGAAAUCCCAUACGGCAAUACUCUCAACAAGAAGCAGAUUGCGGGCGAAGCACCCUCAGCAGAGGGUAAACUUGGCAGGCAAAUCAUCGCCCAGGGUCUCGGCGAAGGCAUCGGCCUUCGACUGGACAAGGUCAACGACUGCCUAUACGUGGCCGAUAUGAGUGGACACGUGUGGAAGUGCUCGACCGACUACGGGCUCAAGGAAAAGAUUCUCGAGGGUGCUACCCACGCUUACACUGGUCUAUGUUUCUACAAGUUUUGA